CGCCGGUCCUUCUGGACGAUGAUGCUCUCCUACCAGCUCGUCCACAGCGGCCUCGAGCACAUCGGCUUCAACAUCAUCCUCCAGUUGAUCUUCGGCAUCCCCAUCGAGCUCAUCCACGGCGCCAUCAUCUUCUUCAUCUACGAGAUGGGCGUCGUCUGCGGGGCGCUCGCGUGCGUCAUGAGCGACCCCUACAUCGCCGUCGUCGGCUGCUCGGGGGGCGUCUACUGCCUCUUCGGCAUCCACGUGGCCCACAUGAUCCUCAACUGGUCCGACAUGAAGCACAGCGCCAUCCCCCGCGAGGUCCGGCUCCUCAUCUUCUUCCUCCUCUUCGCGUCCGAGACGGGCACGUGGUGGUUCGUCAACACGGCGGGCAAGUCCUACGCGGCCCACGCCGGCGGCGCCUUCUGCGGCCUCUUCAUGGGCCUGGGCUUCAUGACGAACUUCGAGAUCGAGUGCUGGGAGACGGUGCUCCGCUGGCUCGCGCGCGUCGGCCUCCUCACGUUCCUCGUCGUGGGCAUCACGUGGUACGUCGUCGCCGACCCG